GCGUGACCCUCGCCCGGAACGCGCAAGACGACGCCGAGGACGCAUCCAACCCCCAAAACCCUCUGAAAAGGUGAGAAUCGCUGCUCGUGCUGCCUUGUAUCGUGCUCCCCGUCACCGAUUUCCACUUCACGGGAGGCAUCAAGCUCGACCGAGCGUUAGACGGGCUGGAUUGAAUGCGAUGGGUCCGGAUGUCGAUCGGCGCGCGACGCGUCUGGCGCGCCUUUGCCAAAUCCCGGACAACCACUUGAGAUCCAUCUCAUACUCCCGCAGAUGUCCAAGAUCGAGGAAGUCGCCUCCGACCACUCUGACCAUGAGGGUCACAACCACGCCCACGAGCACGAGCAUGAGGACCCGACGUCCAACGCCGCGCUCGAGAAGGUUCAGUCCCGGUCGGAGCGCAAGGCGCGCAAGGCCCUCAUCACCCUCGGCCUGAAGAAAGUGGAUAACAUCACCCGCGUCACCCUCCGCCGGCCGAAGAACGUGCUGUUCGUCCUGUCGAACCCGGAUGUGUACAAGUCGCCGAACAGCGACUGCUACAUCGUCUUCGGCGAGGCUAAGGUUGAGGACACCAACGCGUCUGGCUUCUCUGCUAUGCAGCAGGCCGCGGCCGCGAGCGCCAACAACGCACCCGCUGUCGAGAAGCCUGGUGCUGACGACGAUGAGGACAUCCCCGAGCUCGAGGCGCCCGAGGAGGAGGGUGAGGUCGACGAGACUGGCGUCGACGCGAAGGACAUCGAGCUUGUCGUCCAGCAGGUCGGCUGCUCACGCGCAAAGGCCGUGCGCGUAUUGAAGGAGAGCAACGGCGAUUUGAUCAAUGCUAUCAUGGCGGCUUCGGAGUAGGCAACGACUCACCAUUUGUUGUAUUUUUGCAUCUAUC